GAGGUGACGCGAAAGGCAGGCGCCGGUGUCGCGCUGCUGCUGGGAGGAAGCUGGGCCGCCUCGCCGGCCGAAAGCAGGCCGGAGCCCUGGUCGCUGGCCUGGCUUCUCCGGGCGUGGGCGUGGGCGAGGGCGAGGCAGCGGUCCCAGACGCUGCAGCGUUCGUCCAGGCAGAAGAUUAGGUGCCGGGAGCAAAGAAAUUACAUCCAAUUCUCAUUAUGCAUCAGAAAAAUGAAAAAACAGAAGAAAAUUCUAUGGAAGAAAGGAAUUCACUUAGCCUUUUCUGAGAAAUGGAAUGCGGGAUUUGGAGGCUUUAAGAAACUCUAUUUUCCCCAAAACUUGUGCUUUCUGAAAGCUAAGCUGGGAAGGCCAGUUGUUUGGCAUCGGCAGUCGAAGCAUUUCCAGUGUAAUAAGAGGGGUCUUCACAUCCAGAAAACAUGGACCCAGGAUGUACCACUUUGUUCAAAGACCAAGUCUGGAGUGGCCACUCAAAAUGUUAGUUCUUUGUAUGCCAAAGUGAAAAGAAAGGACACUAAGCACUUCAUUUCCUCCUCCAGGAGUCUCCUGAAACUCCAAGCAGAUAAAUUACUUUCUUCAGCAAAGAACUUGGGCCGUGAAUACUGCAGAGAGAAAAGCCUUCUGAAGGCAGUUACUGGCUUGUCGGCAAAUACUGUUUUAGGUAAGGCCAAUGGUCACAAACCUAGCACGGACCCACAAGCUUCAGACUUUCCCAUGAAGUUCAAUGGGGAGAGCCAAAGUCCAAGUGACAGUGGCAAGACUGUGGUUUUGAACAAACAUAGAAAACGAGUUUGUUAUGGCUGCUACCAAGGGCUAGAGCACCACAGGAACAGGAGACCCCUGAUUCCAAAAAAGUUCCAACCUAACCAACAUCGAAGAGUCAAAGUGUCUCUUAUGAUGUAUGAGAAACUAUCCAUGAUUAGAUUUCGGUAUAGGAUUUUCAGAUCCCAGCACUUCAGAACGAAAAGCAGAGUUUGCAAGCUAAGAAAAGCCCAGCGAAGCUGGGUGCAGAAGGUCACUGGGGACCAUCAAGAGAACUUUAGGGAUAACAACACUGAGGGUGGCGAUUGCAGCCCAGUCCCUUCCCUAGAACCUAAAGACCCUUGUCGGUGUCAGCCAUACUUUCCAGACAUGGACAGUAGUGCUGUGGUGAAGGGAAAAAACUGUCACGUGCCUGAUGGCCACACUAAAGAAAGUCCUGCCUUGGACAAAGAGCAUGGUUUAGAUGCAGCAUUCCCUGACCAGCAGAAUGGCAGCACCACAUACACUUGGGACCAGCCAUCCUCUUCUCCUAAGUGGGAGUGUACAGAGCAAAUUCAUGAAAUCCCUUUGAUGGGACAUCCUUCUAGUGACAACUUCACUCCGGGAACUGAAAGAGCUCUUAUGACUCUGGGGCAGGAAAGCGGGACAAGUGCUGUCAGCGAUGACGGAGUGAAGCUGUCAGUGUCUGGAGCAGACGAAUCUGUGAGUAGUGUAGAUGGGCCUGUGUCUGAGGAGCCCGCUCAGAACGAGAACUUCCAGAUGGAGGAGGAUGGGUCUCUCAGGCAGAACAUUCUUAGUUCGAAACUGCUGGACCACCCUUACUGUAAGAGUCCACUGGAUGCUCCCUUGGUGUGCAGUGAGCUCAAAGUAGAAAACCAAGUGGCAGGUGGCAAGAGUGGCCAGACAGCGUCUCCCGUGGAUGAUGAGCAGCUCUCGACCUGCCUUUCUGGGUUCCUAGACGAGGUUAUGAAAAAGUAUGGAAGUCUGGUCCCACUCAGUGAGAAAGAUGUCCUUGGGAGAUUAAAAGAUGUCUUUAAUGAAGACUUUUCUAAUAGAAAACCAUUUAUCAAUAGGGAAAUAACAAACUACCGGGCCAGACAUCAAAAGUGUAACUUCCGAAUCUUCUACAACAAGCACAUGCUGGAUAUGGACGACCUGGCAACUUUGGAUGGUCAGAAUUGGUUGAAUGACCAGGUUAUUAAUAUGUAUGGCGAGCUGAUAAUGGAUGCAGUCCCCGACAAGGUCCACUUCUUCAACAGCUUUUUCCAUAGACAGCUGGUAACCAAAGGCUAUAAUGGAGUUAAGAGAUGGACUAAGAAGGUGGAUUUGUUUAAAAAGAGUCUUCUGUUGAUUCCCAUCCACCUGGAGGUCCACUGGUCUCUCAUUACUGUGACACUCUCCAGUCGGAUUAUUUCAUUUUAUGAUUCCCAAGGCAUUCAUUUUAAAUUUUGUGUAGAGAAUAUAAGAAAGUAUUUGCUGACUGAAGCCAGAGAAAAAAAUAGACCUGAAUUUCUUCAGGGUUGGCAGACUGCUGUUACAAAGUGUAUUCCACAACAGAAAAAUGACAGUGACUGUGGAGUCUUUGUGCUCCAGUACUGCAAGUGCCUCGCCCUAGAGCAGCCUUUCCAGUUUUCUCAAGAAGACAUGCCUCGAGUGCGGAAGAGGAUCUAUAAGGAGCUGUGUGAGUGCCGGCUCCUGGACUGACACUCACUCAGCAGGGACUCCAGAAGGCGCCAUGUUGGAGCAGAUGGUUUGUUACUUGAAUCUCCAAACACUUACUGAAUCUUUACAGAUACUUCAGAUUGGUGGUAUUGGGCCACUUAUUGUUACCUCAGAUUUAUUUUUGCCCUUCAUUUCUCCUGCUAUCAUGUACUUUUUUUUUAAUGUUCAAUUUAGUUUCAUUUUUAACUUUAUGGAUUCCAUACAUCCCUCCCAUAUUUAAUAUUUAUUAUCCAAACGCAUGCAUAUAGACAGAGCAUGCAGUAAAGAGUAUUAAAAAAAAAAGCCUAGUAGAUUUGGUGCAGCUUUUGAAACAUAGUUAGAUGUGAACUGAAUACAGGUUUAAAAGUUAACCCCAGAACCUAAAAAUGCAAGAUGUUUUUGAUACAGCAUAGUCAGAAUAGAUGUUCCCCAUGGCAUAAAGGGUAGCUAGGAGUGUUGUGGAAAGCCAGUCAUGUUUCCCUUACAGCACCUUUUGCUCAUCCCUCUGAUGAGUCUCCAGCAUGAGACGCAUUCCUUCUGAAGGCCAGAGGGGCUGUUCUGCUGAGGGAUGUGGUGCUUACAAGCACAGUGCUGUUUGAGAAGAGUUAAGGUAUGAGGAAAAGCAGCUUCCUUGGGUGCCAGUUACCUUAUUUUCUAAAAAGGCAAGGGGAGGGGUUAUUUUGAUUUGUCUGAGACAAAGUCUCACUAUGUAGCCUAAGCUGUCGUGGAGCUCCCAGUACCUAGGCUGGCCUCAAACUCAAGCUAAACCUGUCUCUGUCUCCUAGUCUGGUAACAUAGUACAUACCAAUACACUCUACAGGAAGAGUCUCAUUUUGGUUUUAAGAUUUAUAAUAUGUAGAAUAAAUCUCAUGAAGGUUUUUCCUGAGACACUGAAUUUUCUUGGAUUUUUUUUUUUCUGGGUUUGACUUGUAAAAAAAAAAACAGCAUUCAUCAAACUCAUAGUUAAAUAAAUGAGAAUUUGGCUUUCAUGGAAGUAAUUCACUAGUUAUCACCUCUCUGUGUUGCUUCCCAUGUACUCCAAGGCAUUUAAAAUUUACUAAAAAUGUUUCUACUUUAAGGUAUAUAAAAUGCAAACACUCAAAGUAGAAGAUUGGCAUAUGGUCUUUUGCAGAUGGUGGGAGAAGAGGGGAGGGAGGCAGCACUGAGGACCCUGGGAGAGAGCAGUGUGGAGGGACGCUCUCCCCUGUCUUUUCUGGUGCCUCAACAUCCCAAAGAGCUCGUUUGGCUUCCACAAGAACAAGCUGAGUGCUGGACUCAAGAACCGCCUGUUAGUGAGUGGGCUGUACAGUAGUCCUGUCCUAUGGAUUAGGAAGAGGGGGAGCUUGCAUCUCUAAUCUGGCCUCUCGUGACAUGUUUGAAAGGAAUAGAAGAUGCAUAUUAAGCCGAACCAGUUUUUUUUUUCCUCCCAGAAUUGAAGGAGGGAGGCGUAAGGAACUUGUGUAGAAAACUACCAAGUACACGACAGAAGAUAGCUGUCCAGUUCGACAGAAGAUAGCUGCCCAGUUCGGCAUGAGAUGUUUGAAAAACAAAAGAGGCAAAAUGGCCGAAUAGGGCUUAACUGCCUCAGUUAGGGCAGAGUCACCUAGGUUUACACGCAGGAUUAGCAGCAGCAGCGCGACACAGGCAGGAGCCCUGGCACUCUUCUCUCCUCAGUUAGUCCUCAGCAUAAAGUCAGGUCAGCAUUUCUUGUGCUUCAGGUCAUUAACAACUGAGGUAGAGGCAUUUUAUGUUGCUACAAGUUACUGUUUCUGUAGUACUGGGACUGAACGCAGGGCCCACUCACAUGUUAGACAAGCUCUACCACUGAGCCACCACCUUAGCCCUCUGUACAAUUUUGUAUUUUGAGACAUGGUCUUAGGACGUUGCCUAGGCUGGCCUUGAGUUUGUUCAGUGGCUGAGCCUGGUCUUCAGUUUAUAUUCUUGUCACCCAGGUAACCAGGAAUAAGGCCAGCCCUACCAGCCCAGGCUGCUUGAAGGUCUUUUAGGGAAGGGGUUUGGGGAGCAGGGUCUUAUGUGACAGAGUAGCUUCACACUUGCCAUGUAGCUGAAGGUGACCUCAAAUUCCUAGUGCUCUCCUGGGUGCUAGGAUUUUAGGUCUCUGUCAUCAUGACCAGCUAAGGACAGAAUUAGACCAGCAUGAACUUCUUCAAAAUUCAUGUGCAAGACAUUACUAUGGGAUUUUGUUGGUGUGCCUGUACUGAAAAAGCCAGUAGUAAGAUGGCCGACUCAGAUGUCUUAAGGGAGUAUCUCACUUCCCCAGUGAGAGACUUCAUGCAGAAGUUACAGUUGGGUUCCUUUGGAAUCUUGUUGAAGUGGUUUAGUCCAGGCUGGCCUCAUACUUGCAGUCCUGCCUCAGCCUACCUAAUGUUUAGAUUCCAUGGUGCACCAGUGGUCACCUCAGCUGUGAGGCAUGCAGGAAUAACAGACUCGAGCCAUCAGACUCUCUCCCUUCUGCCCUGACAGGACACCCUCAGGUGCACAUUCAGCCUGCUCUAGCCUACAUGCUGGGUGUUUUCCGUAUGUCCCAAACCUGUGUCUGUCAUGAGUGAGACUUGGUCUCAGCACACCGUUGUUCUUUCUCUUCUUGUAAUUACAUGUAAACUCUGUUUAGCCUUCAAAUCCUAGAUUGCAGAAUCUUUUGUCUCGGUGUUUGCAGUAAUGCUUUGCUGUUGCUGGCUUGGCACUGAACUUUGAUGCCCAUAAAAUCCUGGCAGACUUACGUCACUGGGGAUGAAUGUAAGCCUUGCACAAACUUAGAGCUAUUCACAUACGAUGAGCCUUCAGCAAGCUGCCCAGUCCUCAUGGCAGACUUACUUACCUGGCUGUAGCUGCUUCUUUCCUUUUGUUAAACCUCUAGCAAUCAAUGUAGAUUUAACUCAUCUUUUAGUUUUCUUAGGAAUCACGCAGACUUAACUUUCAGUUGGCCUCUCAAGGAAGAGAAAAGAAGUUGCUGCCAAUAAUUUCACAGCACAUUUUUGGCUUUGCACUGUGUUCUCUGUUCACCAUUGAAUGUGAAUAGCAUGGUCAUCGGGAGUUUAUGAUUGGAGAACAACAGUACUAGAGAUACAGCCUGUACUCUGUCUAAUGUGACUUGUCCCUUUCCUCUGCAGUUGGGGCUCACUGCUUCUUCCCUGCCUUAGGAGCCAUUGGGGGUCUGAGUGGGUCAGAGACAGUGUAUUUAGUUGACACUGUUAACUCACUGAUUAUGUGCUGUGCUUCAUUAUGUUAAGAGACCAAGUUAAUCAACGGUUAUACAGUACAUAGUCUUGCUAUGUGUUAAGCUCUGCCUCUUGGCUAGUAGAUGUCUAAAAUCUGGGGAAUAGCAUCCAAGAAGUACUAUUGUAUUUGGGGGUUACAAAAGCAGACCUAGACAAGUGUUCACUUGAAUGAUACCUGUUGGUCAGAAAGAUUUUAUUAAAAGAUUAUGAUCAUGUAAAAAUUACAGUCAGUACUCAACCCUUCUAGCAAAAUAUUUUUUUGAAAAAUAAACUAAAUGCCUUUAUAAA